AAGGCGGGGCUAGAUGCGUACUUCUAUAUUGUUGUUUAGUUUCGGUCAAUCAAUACCCUUCUUUAAUCUUCUUUUCCCGUUCUUUUUUACCAUCUUCGGUUGAGUGUUGUAGCGGGAAAACUGGCAAUCUGCAUCACUAUCGUUUUGUGAAAUGGCCACUGAAGUUAGCGGUGAAAACUAUGACGGUCUUCUUAAGGAGAUGGAAACUCUUAAAGGGAGGCUGGAUGAAGAAAGACUAAAACUUAAUGAUGUGGCUUUGUCCACAGUUUCACAGCGUCUUGAAGGUAUGGCACAACUUUCCAUUAAACCAAGGCGGGUGCUUAAAGGCCAUCAAGCAAAAGUCCUUUGCGCAGAUUGGUCUUCUGACAAACGACACAUUGUGUCCUCUUCUCAGGAUGGAAAAAUUAUUGUCUGGGAUGCUUUCACCACAAAUAAGGAACAUGCAGUCACAAUGCCUACUACCUGGGUAAUGGCCUGUGCCUUUGCACCCUCUGGAAACUUGGUUGCUUGUGGAGGUCUGGAUAACAAAGUCACUGUUUACCCUUUGAGUAUGGAAGAUGAUCCAAUUAACAAGCGCAAAACAGUUGGCACACACACUUCAUACAUGUCCUGUUGUUUAUUUCCAAAUUCUGACCAACAAAUUUUAACUGGAAGUGGUGACUCCACCUGUGCCCUUUGGGAUGUUGAGUCUGGACAGCUUUUACAGAGCUUUCACGGACACAGUGCCGAUGUGAUGUCGAUUGACUUGGCUCCUUCGGAAACUGGAAAUACAUUCGUUUCAGGGGGCUGUGACCGAACUGCAUUGAUCUGGGACAUGAGGACUGGUCAAAAAGUGCAAGCUUUCGAAGGGCAUGAUGCGGAUAUCAACAGUGUCAAAUUCUAUCCAAGUGGAGAAGCAAUCGCUACAGGAUCAGACGAUGCAACUUGUCGUCUAUUUGACUUACGAGCGGAUAGAGAAGUUGCAGUAUACACCAAAGAAAGUAUCAUAUUUGGUGUCAAUGCUGUUGAUUUCUCAGUCAGCGGUCGAAUCCUGUUUGCGGGUUACAACGAUUACACAGUGAAUGUGUGGGAUACCCUGAAAUGUUCAAGGAUCACAAUGCUAUAUGGUCAUGAAAAUAGAGUUUCUUGUUUGAAAGUUUCUCCUGACGGUACAGCAAUAUGCACGGGCUCUUGGGAUUUUACUCUCCGAGUAUGGGCUUGAAAAACUUGAAUCUCAUGGUAAUACUAGUCAGGCAACGUUUUAGAUAACAGUUAGCAGCAUCAAUCUCUCGCUUACCAUUCCCGACGUACGCAGUUCCUGUCUUUAUUGCACAAAACAAUAAUCAGUGAAAAAAAAAUGAAAAAUUUGACAAAAAGAAAUCCGAAAUUUUUAAAGAGUAAUGAAUGUUUUGCGUUGAUAAUACACACUCUAUGAAUAUACAA